AUGCCUCCCCAAACCCACUGGUCUCCAGCCUUCCACGCAGAUGCACACAGCUUAUACGGCAAGCCCCUCCACAAACGGGGCGAAUCCAGCGACCUCGAGCCCACCCUUCUCGCCAUCCCCCUCGUCAUCAUCCUCGUCAUCGGCCUUGCAUCACUCCUCAUUAUAGCCCACAAGAACAGAGAAAAGUCCCAGAACAACACCCCCGACCCCGAGGCAUCAGGCAACGGCCGCGACGAAGUUGCUCUCCAGGAAACUAAGGUACGUGUAGAGACAACGGCCACAUCAGUCGCAGCCCAAACACCCACACCCCCACGAGAACAAGACGACAGCCCAAAGAUACCAGUGGAGCACAAUAGCUAUCGCCCACCACAGCCACAGGACUCAGAAAUAGAUGCUGCCCCAGUAACGGGCACGCCCACUAGUGCUCAGCCGACAAGAGGGCUGGUGUAUCUUCCGCCCUUGCCAGAGGUUGAUGGUGCAGCUGUAGGAGAGGGUGAGAGAGGGGGGCAGCACCAGCAACAGCUACAUGUGCCGGAGGUGGACGGAAUACCUGUGGACGAUAUCCAGCAGGCGCUGGAGAUGGAUGCUGGGCGGUCUCCGCCGGCACAGGUGCCGGUGCCGGCCCACCGCCCAGAGGUGUCAGAGGCGGACGGGAGGGCUGUGGUUGGAGAGCUGCCGGGAGCGGAGGAGCAGAUGGCACAUGAGCUGGAUGGUGCUAAGAGAGUAUAG